AUGGUCGAUAGAUCACCCUCCAUAGCCGCCAUUGGCGUGAUCGGCCGUCACAACAACCCUCUCCACAUCGCCCUCUUCCCAGCUACAUACCAGGACAAGCAAGAAACCCGUGACAAGCUGGAGUACAGCAUGCUGCUCAACUCAUCCUUGGACAUCUUCGAAGCCCGGAUGCCUUCCAAAACUGUUGGCCACGACUUUGGACUUCUACACGCUCUGGACGAGCGGAUAGCCUUAUAUGGCUGGCUACUCAACACCGGUGUCAAACUUGUGAUUGUGGUUGAUAUGGAAGGUCGAAUGGCGCCGAAUGCAGAAGCUGCCAAGACCAGCAUCCUGGGGUUGAGAGGUACUGACUUGACGCCGGCCUUUCAAGCUCUACAAACCGCGUACGUCCGCCUGUUGAGGAACCCGUUUUACGUCCCGGAUGACCAUGAUUCAAAGACCGCCAAGACUCGCAGCAACCUACAAAUCGACAGCCCAAAGUUCAUCAACGAGGUCGACAGGAUCGGCAGAAACUGGUACCCAGGUGCUUUGAACCUUUGA